AUAUGUUUCAAGUUUCUUCAACCCAGAAAUGGUCUCAGAAAACUAAAGUUUUCUGAGAAUCCUUCAAAAGAGAUUGAUUGAUCUAUCCAUUCAUUCAACUUAUUCCAUUCCAAUCUGAUCAGUUCUUUUAGGAUGGUGAAGAAGAAGAAUCCGGGAACGGCCGGCAUCGCAGUCGGGUGCCUUGCGGCGGCGUUCGUGUUUGUUUUAGUGUUGGAGAUGAAUUACUCGCCGCCGUCCACGGUGAGGCCUAUCAGACUGAGUCAAGCACAUCAUUCUCAAGCUGGCAAUACAAGUCGUGUAAAUGCAGAAUCAGGAGCGUCAAAAAUAGGGAUCCCAAUGGGACCGACGGUGAUCAAGCAAGAGCUGCGGGACCCACCUCCGUUGCCGCCUCCUAUUGCCAAAGCAAUCACAUGCGAUCGUUCUCGUUAUUUCUAUGACAUUUGCUCCAUUCAUGUCCCAACUGUGUUGGACCCCACUAUCUCCACUUUCUUCAUCAACCAUCCAUUGGCCACCCAUUCAACGGUUGAGAAAAUUCGCCCUUAUCCUAGAAAGUGGGAAAAUUUCACCAUGUCACGAAUCAAGGAAGUCACCAUCACAACUUCAAGCCAACCAAUCCCGAUUUGCCAUGUCACCCAUGUCUCACCGGCUUUAGUAUUUAGUGCGGGAGGGUACACUGGAAACUUCUUUCAUGAGAUGAGUGAUGGAUUCAUCCCUCUUUUCAUCACCGUCAAUUCUAUUUUCAAUCAAAAUCAAGACGUUGUGCUUGUUAUCUCAAAAGCUCGUGAUUGGUGGGUUAGAAAAUACAUAACUUUGUUGCAGAAAAUUAGCAAGCACCAGAUUAUUGUCUUAGAAAAUGAUACUUCCCUUCAUUGUUUUCCCUCAGCCACUCUUGGCCUCAUAUCCCAUGGAUUUCUAGCCAUAAAUCAAGAUCGAAUGCCCAACUCAAAAUCAUUAGAUCAUUUUCACGAAUUCUUAGGCGAAGCUUUUAGGACAAAUAAUAAUGAUCAUUCUCUUAUUAUCCCCAGUAGACCUCAACGGCCACGUGUUGUGCUUAUGAACCGGCCAUAUGGAAGCGGACGUGUGUUGUUAAACAUGAAACAAGUCAAAUUAGAAUUGGAAAAAGUAGGUUUUGAUGUCAUUGUGUUUGAACCAACACCUACAACUCCAUUACACCAAUCUUUUGCACUCAUUAAUUCAAGUCAUGCAAUGAUUGGCAUUCACGGUGCAGCCCUAACCCAUUUAUUGUUUCUCCGGUCGGGAGCAACGUUCAUCCAGGUAGUACCACUCGGAACAGAGUGGGUGGCUGAGGCAUGUUUUGGGAAUGCAGCUAGGGCAAAGGGAUUGGAAUAUAUAGAGUAUAGGAUUACGGCUGCAGAGAGUAGUCUCCUAGAAAGAUAUGGGAAGGAAGAUAUGAUAAUCAAGGACCCUAUUGGAUUCUUGAAGGGAAAAUCUUGGUCAAGCGGAAUGAAAAUUUAUUUGAAGGAGCAAAAUGUGAGAUUGGAUUUGGCGAGGUUUAGGAAGUAUUUGAAGGAAGCCUAUCACAAGGCAAAAGAGUUCAUGGAUAAUGAACCCACAAGACAAAAUUGAGGGGAAAUUAAACAAUAUUAUUUCAUGUGCAUUAAUGUGUAUCCUUAUUU